UUAAAAGAGAGUAGUGAAUAAUACAAAAACGUUGACUAUUCUUCUGACCAAAAAAACAAAAACAUUGAAUAUUCUUCCAUUCUUUGUCUGAUCCACAGCAAUCAACUUUUCUAUAGUUUCUCCAUUGAAGUUGCUCAUUGAAGACAUGGCCAUGUUCAAAACAACAAAACCAUUGUUUUGGUUUUCUCUUCUCAACCUCUUCUUCUCUAUACACUUCCAUCCUUCUCUUGCAGCUUUAACAACCAUCUCUGCAAACCAAUCUCUCUCUGCUUACCAAACUCUAGUCUCUAAAGGAGGAAGAUUUGAAUUGGGUUUCUUUAAACCAGGUAAUUCCUCUAACUACUACAUAGGCAUAUGGUACAAAAAGGUUAGCCAACAAACAAUUGUUUGGGUUGCCAACAGAGACAAUCCUGUCUCUGAUAAAAACACUGCAACCUUAAAAAUCUCAGCUGGUAAUUUAGUUCUAUUAGACGAGUCUUCAAAACAAGUUUGGUCCACAAACAUGAGUUUUCCUAAGUCAGUUUCUGUUUCAGCUAUUCUCUUAGAUAGUGGAAAUCUUGUUUUGAGAAAUAGGCCUAAUGAUGAUGCAUCAGAUCCUCUAUGGCAGAGUUUUGAUCAUCCAGCAGAUACAUGGCUUCCCGGUGGCAAAAUUCGUCUAGACAAGAAAACAAAGAAGCCUCAGUAUCUCACUUCAUGGAAGAAUAAGGAAGAUCCCGCAACGGGUCUUUUCUCUUUGGAACUAGACCCGAAAGGAACAAGUGCGUAUUUAAUUCUUUGGAAUAAGUCUGAAGAGUAUUGGACAAGUGGACCUUGGAAUGGAAGUAUUUUUAGUCUUGUUCCUGAGAUGACGUUAAAUUACAUUUACAAUUUAUCAUUUGUGUCGAAUGAGAAUGAGAGCUAUUUAACUUACUCCGUGUAUAACCCUUCCAUUAUAUCGCGGUUUGUGAUGGAUAUAUCCGGGCAGAUCAAGCAACUAUCAUGGUUGGAAAGUAUAGAAGAGUGGAAUCUGUUUUGGGCGCAGCCGAGAGCACAGUGUGAGGCUUAUUCUUUCUGCGGUGCAUUUGGGAUCUGCAAUGAAAACUCACUGCCUCAUUGUAGUUGUUUGAGAGGUUUUGAGCCCAAGUCAGUGUCUGAUUGGAAUAUGGAGGAUCACUCAAGUGGGUGUAUCAGAAGAACAAGUUUUCAAUGUGAGGGUUCCGAUCCCUCUAAUAAGGAUAAUUCCGCGUUCCUUGCAAUGACCAACAUGGCAUUACCUACUCAUGCACAAUCUGUGGGGUUAGGGAAUGCCGAUGAAUGUAAAUUAACUUGUUCGAAAAACUGCUCCUGCACUGCUUUUACAUAUGAUAGGAAUGGAUGUUCAGUUUGGUUGGGAGACCUCAUAAAUCUACAACAAUUGUCUUCUGAUGAUAGUAGUGGACAAACUUUGUAUGUCAAACUUGCACCAGAAGAAACUGUUUAUGCUAGUGAAAACAGAUAUCGAGAGAGGGUGAUUAUUGGUGCUGCUGUGGGUGCGGUUGUUGGCAUAGGGAUACUCUUAUGCCUUCUAUUGUUUUUCAUUUUUAGGCGAAGAAAGAGAAUGCUUGUAAAUGCAAAGCUUUUAGAUGGUUUUAUGGUGGAAUUUCAGUACAAGGAUUUGCAAAAUGUGACAGAGAAUUUCUCUGAGAAAUUGGGAGGAGAAGGAGGUUUUGGUUCGGUUUUCAAAGGAACAUUAACUGAUUCAAGUGCUGUAGCAGUGAAGAAGCUAAAGGGUGUUAGCCAAGGAGAGAAAAAGUUCAGAACAAAAGUGAGUAUAAUAGGGACAUUAAUACAUGUUAAUCUUGUUCGCAUUCGUGGAUUCUGUUCAGAAAGUACAACCAAACGGUUUCUGGUUUAUGAUUACAUGCCAAAUCUUUCCUUGGAUUUCAAGUUAUUUGGGAACAACAAUUCUGAGGUGCUGGGAUGGAAAAUGAGAUACCAAAUCGCUCUUGGAAUUGCAAGAGGACUAAUUUACCUCCAUGAGAAAUGCGAAGAAUGUAUCAUACACGGAGAUAUAAAGCCGGAAAACAUUCUCCUUGACGCUGAUUUUAGUCCAAAAGUUUCCGACUUUGGUCUAGCUAAGCUAAUUGGACGGGAUUUCAGCAGAAUCGUUACAACCAUGAGCGGAACAAGAGGUUAUCUUGCUCCAGAGUGGUUAUCUAGGGCUGCUAUCACAGCGAAAGCCGAUGUUUACAGCUACGGAAUGAUGCUUUUUGAGGUUGUAUCAGGUAGGAGGAACUCCGAUCCAUCUCUAGAUGGUGAAGAUAUUUUCUUUCCUACCUUGGCUGCAAAAAUAGUUAACGAAGGUGGUAGUGUUCUUACCGUUUUGGACCCUAGGUUGGAGGGAAAUGCUGACAUUGAAGAGGUUACUCAAAUGAUAAUAGUUGCUUCUUGGUGUGUCCAAGAAAGUGAAACUCAGAGGCCAACGAUGCGUCAGGUACUUCAAAUUCUUGAGGGAAUUUUGGAUGUGAAUGUGCCACCAAUUCCAAGAUUCAAUCAAGUGUUUGAAGAUAACUAAAAGCAAUAUCUGAUAGAUAGCUUUAAGUCUUUGGCAGAAAAUUAAAAUGGAUUGUUGUAUCUGUUGUUAUUUGUUACUCUAUCGAUUUUAUUGUAAUGUUAGUAUUUUAUUUCAAAUAGCUGUUUCUGUACUCAUUAAUCUGAUAUAGAAAGGGUAGGCAUGCUCUGAAUAACCACGUAAAGACACAUUCUGACAUGUUUCUCUGGAUGCUAUAAGCAAUGAGCAAAGCAUAGUCUCUUACCAUGAUCAAAAGAUGAAUCUGGCAAAGCAUCAUCUGGUCGUACUACCUAUACGCGAUCAUUUUAUUGAUCAUGUAGACCACGCAAAGGUCAACUCUUCUUGUUCUUAUGGUAAUCUUAUACUAUGAAAGGUCGAUUAAUUUGGCUCAACUUCAGAAUUUUCUAGUGUGGCCCUAAUAGGACACAAUCAACUUGAAAUAAGUUGAUGGUAGUCUAGUACAAUACGACUCAUGAGUCAUGACAAUAAGGUCACUAGUCCCUCUUUCUCAAAGUUUCUCAGUUGAAGUUUCUCGACGAAGACAUGAAAUUUACAACUGAUGAAAAUGACUUAAAACUGAUCCACAAUGACCUUAAUAUGUGGAAGAGCAGCCACUAGGCACUCUUCAUUACCACAAUUAUCUUUAUAUAUAGUUUCUCCAUUGAAGAGUUUUAGCCAUAUUAUUCAAUAUGAUGAAACCAUGGUUCUGGCUUUCUCUUCUUAACCUCUUCUUCUCUAUACACUUCUAUCCUUCUCUUGCAGCUUUAACAACCAUCUCAACAAACCAAUCUCUCUCUGCCGACCAAACUCUUAUCUCUAAAGGAGGAUCUUUGAACUCGGUUUUUUCAAACCAGGUAAUUCCUCCUCUAAGUACUACAUAGGAAUAUGGUACAAAAAGGUUAGCCAACAAACAAUCCUGUCUCUGACAAAAACACUGCCACCUUAAAAAUCUCAGCUGGUAAUUUAGUUCUAUUAGACGAGUCUUCAAACCAAGUUUGGUCGACAAACAUGAGUCUUCCUAAGUCAGUUUCUGUUUCAGCUAUUCUCUUAGAUAGUGGAAAUCUUGUUUUGAGAAAUAGGCCUAAUGAUGAUGCAUCAGAUCCUCUAUGGCAGAGUUUUGAUCAUCCAACAGAUACAUGGCUUCCUGGUGGCAAAAUUAGGCUAGACAAGAAAACAUAUCAGCCUCAGUUUAUUACUUCAUGGAAGAAUAGCGAAGAUCCUUCAACCUGUCUUUUCUCUUUGGAACUAGACCAGAAGGAAAAAAAUUCUCUCUUCGUUGGAACAAGUCUCAAGAGUAUUGGACAAGUGGACCUUGGAAUGGACAUAAUUUUAGUGAUGUUCCCGAGAUGAGUAUCUACAAUUUUUCAUUUGUGUCGAACGAGAACGAAAGCUAUUUCACUUACUCCAUUUACAACGAUUCAAUUAUAUCUCGACUUAUGGUGGAUAUGUUAAGAUUUAUUUAUUUAUUUAAGAAUUGUUUCUGUUUAAAACUAAUGGCAGUUGCUAAAACCUGGUCUUUAGGAAUUGUUUGUUAGUUGGUUAGUGGAUAGCUAGUUUUUAGGAAAACUGGAAAAAGCGGUUACACUUUGUAAUGCCUACAAAAGGGACCUAUUUUUAUGAAUAAAAUUAUCCAGUAUUUUGUUUCUCUUA